AUGCCUCAAUACACCUCUCGCGAUGUUGGCGACCCGUCGCAGAUCAAGAAGAACAAGCAGUCGAUGGCCGAUCUUAAGCUGCGUCGCCUAACGGAGCUCAACAACCGCCUGCGCGAGGACCUGGAACGAGAACGCAUCCCCGUGAGCACUGCGUCCAAGAGCAUCAUCGCCUACUGCAACGGCACCCGAGACUACAUGGUCCCCUCGGUCUGGGGAGCCGUCCCCAAGGGCGAAGACCCCUACGCACCGCAGCAAUCCAACGGCUGCUGUGUGGUGAUGUAA